GUUGAAUUUUAUAGCUUGAAAGAAGAAAGAAAGAACUACCUGUAUUCAAGAUUAUCCAGUAAAGCUGAACAUUUUCGCAAUGCUCAUUUGUGAUUUUAUUCACUGUUACCUUCCCUACCCUUGAGAAAAUAUUUUAACAAGUGGCGACAGUAAAAGGACAGCGGUUUAGUUGAAAACACAUAGUUUCUUCAUGUAGUAUGAACUGAAGUAGAAGAAAAGACGAGCGAAGGUUCACAAAUAAAGCCAGUUCUGAGAAUUUUACUCCACGACGUAAAUAUCCCCAAAUGAUAACUGCAAAAUGACUGACGCAGAUGGUUCAAGUGAACCAGUUAUCCUGGCUACAGCAGGCUAUGAUCAUGCCAUUAAGUUUUGGCAAGCACACAGCGGAAUAUGUCACCGCACAGUCCAGCAUCCUGAUUCUCAAGUCAAUGCCAUGCAGAUUACUCCAGACAGGCAGUUAUUGGCAGCUGCAGGAUAUCAACAUAUACGUAUGUAUGACAUCAAUUCAAAUAAUCCAAGUCCGGUUGUGAAUUAUGACGGUGUGUCAAAAAAUGUGACUGCUGUUGGAUUUCACGAGGAUGGUAAAUGGAUGUUCACUGGUGGCGAGGACUGCUCAGCCAGAAUAUGGGACUUACGGUCCCAUAAUUUACAGUGUCAAAGAGUUUUCCAAGUUAAUGCACCUGUAAACUGUGUUUGCCUCCAUCCUAAUCAGGUAAACAAACAACUUGAAUUUAAAGCUGUCAAUUAA